CGGCAACGGUCGGGGACACGCCUCCCGCCUGGGCGGGGCUGGAAAGCGCGGGAGUCUUGUAGAGCGGGGAGCCUUACCCGGCUGUUGAACGGAGGACGAGGCGUGGGAAAGCCGCGUUUGGGCGGAGAAAACGGAGCGUCGGGGUUACAUGCCCCGCGCACUGUUUCCAGCCUAGCAAAUUGGGCAUCUUCCACGAAUAGGGAGUAUCGGAGCAGAUUUGCUGUUGGGAGUCCCCACGUGGAGAUACAACAGGAGGGAGUGGACUGAAAAUCAAGCUCGGAGGAAUCGGGUGUACUACUAGUUAAGGUUCGAAUUUCCUAGCUGGGAGACACAGUGGAAGGAUUCAGACAGAAGCAGCUGCGUGAAAGCCAGAACCUUUUAUUUUUGUUUCUUUCCUGGGGCUAGCUAACUCUGAACUUAGCCCUUAAAAGGAUGAAAAGGCAACAGAGUUUGACAGAUAUUUUCAAUAAGAAACCAAAAUUGGAAACAGUUGUAUCAGAAUUGGCCUUGGAUGGUACAAAACAGUCACAAGCACAACCACUCCAACCUGAAGAAAGCAGCACGUCAAUUAUUGAAGUAAAAAACAAUAACUCCAAAGUUAAAGAGAUACAACAAGCUUCUUUAAGGAAAAAAAUGAAAGAAAAUUUUUCAUCAAAAGCUCAUAACAUUGGUAAGGAGAACUUAAAACAAUGUGAGCAGGAUUCAGUAACAAAAGGAAUAGAUAAGAUGAAUGAAAAAUAUUUACCUACUAUUUGUAGAGUAUUUAAUACAAUUUACAGCCUAGCAAAAAGAUGUAAACCGUUUUCAGACGUAAAAAAAGAGAUAGAAGUGCAAAUUAAAAAUGGAUUAGAUAUGGGAAUAGGAUUACAUUCACGUACAACUGCUGUGAAAAUAGUUGAUUUCAUUGCAAAGGAAAUUGAAAAAGAAAAAUUUACUAAAAUUAUUGAAAAUAAUUUGAAAAUAUGUUUGAUUAUUGACGAAGCCUCAAUGAUACCUUGCAAACCAGUUGUUACAGUUUUCUUAAAAGUUGAGGAUUCAGUUACAUCGCCAACAAUUUUCGUUCAGCUAGUUGAAUUGGAAAAGCAAGAUGCAGACACAAUAUGUUCUUCAGUUAUGGAAAGUUUAAAUAAUGUUGGGCUUACUAAAAACUACCUAGAAAAAAAUUUAAUAGGAUUUUGCUCCGAUGGUGCCAGCGUUAUGCUUGGGAGAAAAUCUGGAGUGAGCACUAAGAUAGCAAAAGACUUUCCAAACAUCAUAAUAUGGCACGGUUUAAACCAUCGUCUCCAUCUUGGUUUAGAUGAUUUGAUAAAGGAAAUAAACCAAGUAAAUAAUUUUAAAAUUUAUUGAUGAGAUACAUACUAUUUUUCAUCAAUCCAAUAAGAGCCAAAUUGAACUUACCAAAAUAUCCGAACAACUUGGAAUUGAAAUUAUAAAGAUAGAUGGAGUUUGGGACCAAGAUGGGCUGCCUGUAGUUUAAAGUCAACCUUAGCUGUGUGGCAUGCUUAUCCAGCGCUACAUCACUAUUUUUAUUCAAAUGAAA